AUGAUAUGCAGCAAUCAUAACAAGCAUACUCAAAACAACUUUGAAGGUCCAUCGUCAGCGGUGAUCCCAAAUGAAUUGCUCCCCUCGCCUUCCUCAAGCAGCUCUCAAACCCAGGAAUCUUCCCCUAACCUCAUUCGUUCUUCUGAUGACCCAUCCCGCUGGGACGCCGACGCCCGCAGGACCCACAGCCAGGCCUGCACGGGCAAGAGCCGGCUGAGCGUGCAGGAGAAGCUCGACAUCGUGUGCAUGUACUACUCGGCGCCGUCGUCGACGAGGUGCCGGAGGACGGUGCACCAGUGGGACAUCGCGAGGAUGUACGGGAAGAGCCGUGCGGCGAUCAGCAAGGUGCUGAGGCCGGAGUACGCGAGGGGGGUCAUGAACUCAGAGGCUGGAAAACUUGCGAGGCAUCAUGAUACGAUACUGGAGAGCAUCAGGGAGGAGGAAAUCAGGAGACAGGAUGCAUCGCAAGCGGGGUUGUGA